CUAAGCACUCUUAGCUAAUGCCAGAUCCGUCUCACAUAUGUGGGCACAACUGCAAUUAUUGUUUACAGGUAAUGCAAACAAAGGAGACAACAUUUCAGAAACCAAGUCCUUUGUAUGCAAUUCUGACCAAUGAGAUUAUCCUGUAAUGCUAAUUUAUUACAUUUAUGCUUUCCAGGUCAACCAGUGGAAGUGGAGAAGCCACAAAGCGCACCUACUGAACAUGGCAGUGACCAGUAUGUACUCCAGCAUAUGCUGCGUCUCCUCAACACUAUACGCUUUAUGCUACAGCAACAAGCAGAGAGUAUCAACAAACUUUGUGAAAUGCUACCAUCCGCAGCAGUGACAACAUGCACACCACUAGUCAAUCAACCGUUCAAUUGCCUGCAAGAGCUGCUUGAUUUUGAUGCAAAGCUGACACGUGAAACCACCAGUACUUUGGUUCGUGAAUUUAUGCAGCUUGGCGGGAAAGACGCAAACUGGGCGACGAAAAGAAUUCUUGGAUACUGUUUGACUGACGAGCUUGCUGCACAAUUUUCUUGGCUUGGUCGGAAGGGGAAGCAUAGCUUUUCAGCCCUAAAUAUUGCCAAAGCAGUAGCAGAUGCUGCACGCAAAGCUCCAAAAGGCACUGCAGCAGAUGUUGAAGAGGCUAUUAAGUCAUGGUUACGCCACGCACCGGAGCGCCUCCUUGCGAAGGCGCCUAAGACGCCUGAGCACUGGGAACCACAGCAGACAUCAGAUUCCAACUGAGUGAAGGGGUUUGCCCAACUCUAGCUCCAUCUUCCUCUCCGAGAAAGCCUCUACAGGUUGCCGCUUUAGUUUGGUGCCGCCAACUUCUAGACACCUCUGUACAACUGACUGGCAGAAGUUUGACGUUCUGUUGUGUUUUGUAUUUAUUAAUAACUGCUGAUGAGCUCUAGGUCCCAUACCUUUAUUUUUCUAAGAACUGAUGUGCACUCCUACUGCUGGGAUGUGGUAUGUUUUUUCAGCCACUUGUCCAGCACUUUUUUCAUCUGAGGGGCAUUUGGCCCAUUUAUAGCUUACUGGAAGUAAUGGUGUCUUAGUGUUUUUACUGGCAGUUUCACUAUCUGCUUUUUACCUAAUUGUUAGUGACUUGAGCAAAAUUCUGUGGUUGGUUAGAUAUACUAAAGCUAUUGCCGAAGGCAACAAAGGGACAGGGCUGGAGCGAGAAAACAAAACACCGAGCGCUCAAUGUGGUGUUUUGUUUUCUCACUCCAGUCCUGUCCCUUCGUUUUGCACAAUAGUUUUAGUAUGAGAUAUAUACCCUUGCCAUGCUAAGCACAUAAGUAUGAAACAGUCACAUUGGUGUUGUUGACAAAGCUUGAAAUUCAUCAGAAGCCUCCCACUUACUCAAAUUGUAAAGCCAUAGUUAAUUCUUGUUCGGUUUCACUGCUAUGGCACUUUUGAUGUAUCUUUUUUUUCUGCAGUUCGGUAAUUUAGGCAUAUCUGUAU